CUUAUUCGUGCAUCCACCGGUGCAUUUGGGACACCAGCAAGAUGGCGGCGCUGUUGGGUCGUUCAGGGCAAAUUGCGAUCAGAACAUUUAAUUUUCCACUAGCUGCAGCCACCCGUACUGCGCAUUACUGGAACAAGGACUGGAAGCCCGGCCCGUACCCGCAGACCCCGGAGGAGAAGGCGGCCGCCGCCAAGAAGUAUGGCCUGCUCCCAGAGGACUACGAGCCAUUCCCGGACAACCACGACAGCUCCCGGGGGGACUACCCCAACCUGCCCGACAUCGGCGCCACAGAGAGGGACCCCGAAGAGAGCUACGACUUCCCCUACCUCCGGAGGAACUACGGGGAACCGAUGCACCUGUACGCCGAAGCCAUGACUCUCGAGCGAAUGGACACAUCGAGGAUGAAAGUCCCAUUCUGGAAGCAGCUUGUCUCCUUCCUGGGCGUGGUCAUUGGCUACUUUGUGGCCGUGAAGGUCUUUGACCACGAGAAACUCCAGUGUGGCAUGAACCCUCCAGUGCCCCGAUGGGAAUUGCCAAUGGGCGGAAGUGUCGUACACUACACCUUUGAGCCGGAAGAUUGAGGUGCCAUCAGGGAGGUUGACUUGUCUAAUCUAGAACUUGUGAAUAAAUAUAGAACACCAAUGCAAAAUU